AUGUCAAUUGCAGAAAAAGUAAAAGGAAAACAUAAGAAUGAUGAUAAUGUCAAUGCCAUAACUUCCACUGCUGUGACCCUUAAGAGGGCCAAUUCGAAUGCAAUUAAUGCUGGUUGUAAUAUAUUUGGCCCAGCUGCUCUAAAUCAAGGCCGAAAUAUACCACGUCUGGAAAAUGUCUCAUUUCAAUUACGAACACCAUGCAUUCGCAGAGACUUUCCAUUGAGCCGAGUUAAAAAACUAAGAGAAUUUCCCGAGUUUGAUGUCAAGAAGAAGACAAUUGUAUUUGUGGCGGGAUGGGUUGUUCGAAUGGAUCGAGAUUAUCUGGAAGACAUGGCAACGGCUUUCCACUGUCGUGGAGGAAAUAACUUUUUGCUAUUCAAUCCGGCGGGACGCAUUUCCCAAUUAUACGUACACUCGGCGGCCAACGUUGAGAAAUUGGGUCAAUUAAUUGCCAUAGGUCUGGUAACAUUAUCCAUUCCCCCAGAAAACAUCCACCUGAUUGGUCAUAGCUUAGGUGCUCACAUUAUUGGCAGUGCUGGACGGUAUUAUCAAAAAUUAACUGGACUUAAGCUAGCUCGCCUAACAGGUUUAGAUCCGGCCAGACCAUGUUUUGUUCGACCCAGUGUUUUUCCACGUUUGCGACGUAGCGAUGCCAAAUCCGUCGAUGUCAUACACUCAAAUCCCACCGAUCUCGGUUUGGAAGAUUCCCUGGGACACAUUGAUUUCUAUGCGGGGGGUCUAGAUGUUAUUAAGGCCGGAUGUAAACCAUUGUCGAUACUAUGUUCUCACGAGAUUUCAAUAUAUUAUUUUAUGGAAACUGUUUAUCCCGGUGGGGAGAAGAACUUUGUCGGUCGACGCUGCAGAGGCUAUGAGGAGUUGUUCUAUAAGAAAUGUUCGGGAUCUGCCGCGUUUAUGGGUUAUGUUGCAAACGACAGUAUGAAAGGAGUUAUUUAUACACCAGUACGAGAUCGAUUGCCAUAUGGGCUGAAUGCAAAGUUCACAGACAGAAUUCCGCAACAAUGUGGGAAAUGUUAAUUAUUUGUAUUUAUU